GAUAUCGCAAACCGCGUUUGAUCAGUCAGGGUUGAUAGGGUCUAGCGGUUGCACGGGCUUUACCUGAUUAUAUCCGAGUUUAUUCAAAAUGAGCGUACAAAGCGAUUCGGAUAAGCGGAAACAAAUCUCUGUGCGAGGAAUCGUUGCAGUAGAAAAUGUUACCGAAGUGAAGAAAGCAUUUAAUCGUCAUGUUCAUUACACUCUCGUGAAGGACAGAAAUGUUGCGACUCCAAGAGACUACUACUUUGCCUUGGCCCAUACCGUGAGGGACCACCUCGUCUCACGCUGGAUUCGGACCCAACAAUACUACUAUGAAAAAGACCCCAAGCGUGUAUACUACCUCUCUUUGGAGUAUUACAUGGGUAGAUCCUUGCAAAACACCAUGAUCAACCUGGGUAUCCAGGGCACAGUAGAUGAAGCUCUGUACCAACUUGGGUUAGAUAUUGAGGAACUCGAGGAGCUGGAGGAAGAUGCUGGGCUUGGUAAUGGAGGUCUGGGACGCUUGGCAGCUUGCUUCCUGGACUCCAUGGCUACUCUCGGAUUGGCCGCAUAUGGUUAUGGUAUUAGGUACGAGUAUGGUAUAUUCGCGCAGAAGAUAGAACAUGGUGAACAACAGGAGGAGCCUGAUGAUUGGCUGCGGUACGGCAACCCUUGGGAGAAGGCGCGCCCUGAGUUCAUGUUGCCCGUCAACUUCUACGGCCGCGUGGUUGACACGCCAGAUGGAAAGAAAUGGAUUGAUACCCAGGUCGUGUUUGCGAUGCCCUACGAUAACCCGAUUCCCGGCUACAACAAUAAUGUCGUCAAUACACUACGACUUUGGUCUGCGAAGAGUCCUGUCGACUUCAACUUGAAAUUCUUCAACUCUGGCGACUACAUCCAGGCUGUACUCGAUCGUAAUGUCGCCGAGAACAUUUCUCGAGUACUCUACCCCAACGACAACUUCUUUGAAGGCAAGGAGCUGCGUUUACGUCAAGAGUACUUUAUGUGUGCUGCUACUCUACAAGAUAUUAUCAGGAGAUACAAGAACUCUAAAUUCGGCAGCAGGGAGGCUGUCAGGACAACAUUUGAAAGCCUUCCCGAGAAAGUAGCCAUACAACUGAACGACACCCACCCCGCGCUUGCCAUUCCUGAACUUCUUAGGAUUUUGAUCGACAUUGAGAAGGUUCCUUAUGACAAGGCAUGGAAGCUGGUUACUCAGUGCUGCGCCUACACUAACCACACCGUUUUACCUGAAGCUCUAGAGAGAUGGCCCACCACCAUGUUAGAGAAUGUGUUGCCCAGGCACAUGCAGUUAAUUUACCACAUCAACUUCUUGCACCUGCAAGAGGUUGAGAAGCGCUGGCCUGGCGACAUGGACCGCUUACGUCGUAUGUCCCUCAUCGAGGAAGAGGGAGAAAAGCGAGUGAACAUGGCUCACUUGUGUGUAGUGGGAUCCCACGCUGUAAACGGAGUAGCGGCCAUUCACUCUGAGAUCCUCAAAGCGACUGUAUUCCGUGACUUCUAUGAAAUGUGGCCAGAAAAGUUCCAGAACAAGACUAAUGGUAUCACGCCCCGCCGUUGGUUGCUCCUCUGUAACCCGGGACUUUCUGAUCUCAUCUGUGACAAGAUUGGUGAAGAUUGGACAGUCCACCUGGAGAAGUUGCAGCAGCUGAAGCGCUGGUCUAAAGACCCUGCUUUCCAACGGGCGGUCAUGAAGGUGAAGCAGGAGAACAAGUUAAGACUUGCGUCUCUUAUUGAGAGGGAUACGGGGGUGAAGAUCAACCCGGCGUCGAUGUUCGACGUGCAGGUGAAGCGUAUCCACGAGUACAAGCGUCAGUUGCUGAACAUCUUGCACGUCAUCACGCUCUACAACCGCAUCAAGCGCGACCCGUCCGCGCCUGUCACUCCCCGGACAGUCAUGAUCGGAGGAAAGGCUGCACCCGGCUACUACGUCGCCAAGCAAAUGAUUGCCCUGGCUUGUGCCGUCGGUAACACUGUAAACAAUGAUCCUGAUGUCGGAGACAAGUUGAAGUUGAUAUUCUUGGAGAACUACCGCGUCACGUUGGCUGAGCGUAUCAUGCCCGCUGCGGACCUAAGUGAACAGAUUUCGACGGCUGGUACCGAAGCCUCGGGUACUGGUAACAUGAAGUUCAUGUUGAACGGUGCCCUCACCAUCGGCACCAUGGACGGCGCCAAUGUCGAGAUGGCCGAGGAAGCUGGAGAGAACAACUUCUUCAUAUUCGGCAUGAGGGUCGAUGAUGUCGAAGCUUUGCAAAAGAAGGGUUACAAUGCAUACGAAUACUACGAGCGCAAUCCGGAACUUAGGCAGUGCAUAGAGCAGAUUCGUAGCGGAUUCUUCUCCCCGGGCGAGCCGGGCCGGUUCGCGCACAUCGCCGACGUACUACUGCACCACGACCGCUUCUUACACCUGGCUGACUAUGACGCCUACAUCGAGGCACAGGAGAAAGUCUCCAAUGUUUACCAGAACCAGUCGAAGUGGGCUGAGAUGGUGAUUGAGAACAUUGCAUCGUCCGGCAAGUUCUCGUCUGACCGUACCAUCGCAGAGUAUGCGCGGGAGAUCUGGGGCGUGGAGCCAUCCUGGGAAAAGCUGCCAGCACCCCACGAGACCAACUAAACCUUCCCAAUGCCCCACUGCCGAACCAUGUUGACCCAUAAAAUAUAUUAAUACUACGGUAAUACACACCAAUAUCCUAGGAAUAUAACAGUGCCGGAUUAAGCGCGCGGGGCCCCUACAAUAUUCUAUUGAGCGGCCCGCGAAGGCAACUAAAGGCGAAGGUGAUUGAUUGUUGAAACCUCUUUUACCGCAAGGCCCAAAGCAAUAUCUGCUUUACUGCGUGUUUAAUUUGGCACUUAAUACCUUGAUCAAGCAUAUUAUUAUUGUAAAACAAUAAGAUCGCUAAAGCCUUCAAUGUUUACUAUAUUCUUUUAAAUAAAUUAUCUAAAUGAUAUUUAUAUAGUAUGUGGAAUUUUCUUAAUCUCGAUGUGCAGUAGAGUGCCAAGAAAAUUAUUGAAAUGUAGUCAGAUAUGUAUAUUUUUAUUUAAUUUUUGUAUACACAAUGUGAAACAUAUGUAUUGAGUCCUUUGCUACAAUGUUUACGUAAGUAUAUACAUAUAAAUAAAUAAAAUCUAUUAUCGUAUUGUAGUGUUAAGUAUAAUACAAUUUUGAAAGCUACUAGACUAGAUGUUGAGAAUAUGUUUAGUAAAUUUUAGAUAGAUUUAUCUUUGGCAAUUAUGAGUAGAUGUUGAUGUCGAAGUUAUAAUAAAUGCUUCUAGCGGCAAGAAGGUAAUAAGCUCGUUACAUACUCUAGUACUAACGUUCCUGAAUACUUAGCCCUUACUGUUGGAUGUUAUGUCUUAAACUAGACAAUGUAAAGAAUUUAUUUUUAUGUGCCAUACAUUUUUGUAUUUAUAAAAAAUAAAUCUAUUAUUGAGAACACUAUAUUCUAAUGUGACGUCUGCUAAAACUUCCAAAGUCACUUUGCAUUCAAUUACAUAAG